AUGAAGUAUCUUGCUGGAGCAGGAGCAGCAGCAGCAGCUUUGCUGGCGUUGUCUACCGCGGCCGCCGCUGAGCCAAUUCAUCGUCGGACAAUUGGCACAUCUCUCCUCGAUGACCUAGACCUGUUUGCCCAGUAUAGUGCUGCAGCAUACUGCUCAGCCAAUCUCGACUCCACUGGCUCUGCUCUGGCAUGCAGCGUCGGCAAUUGUCCUCUAGUUGAAGCAGCGGACACUACAAUCCUUUAUGACUUUGACGAAACCAACGACUAUGGGGACACGGCGGGUUACAUCGCGGUAGACACGACAAACGGAUAUAUCAUUCUGACAUUCCGCGGUAGUGAUUCUCUAGAGAACUGGAUUGCCGAUCUCACCUUCAAGCUUAUCGACGCCAGUGACAUCUGCUCCGGAUGUGAAGUGCAUGAUGGCUUCUGGAAGUCCUGGGAGACAGUAGCCGACGAUAUCACAUCGCAAAUCGAGUCUGCUGUAGAGACUUAUCCCGACUACACUCUCAUCGCGACUGGGCACAGCUUGGGAGCUGCAUUGGCUGCCAUUGCGGCAACUGUCUUGCGCUUGGACGGAUAUACGGUUGAGCUGUAUAACUACGGUCAACCGCGUAUUGGCAACCUGGCCCUGGCCGACUACAUCACCAGUGAAUCCAUGGGAACUAACUAUCGUGUCACCCACACAGACGACAUUGUUCCCAAGGUGCCCCCAGAGCUGUUAGGUUAUGCUCAUUUCAGCCCUGAGUACUGGAUCACCAGUGGCAACGACGUGACUGUGACAGACGCCGAUGUGAAUGAAGUCGUGGGCGUGGACUCGACGGCUGGCAAUGACGGAACUACAGACGACAGUGUUGAAGCUCACCGGUGGUACUUCGUUCACAUUUCGGCGUGCUCGUAG